AUGUCUGAAACCGAUGCCAGCGACUUGUUAGCGUCCUUGUCCUUGAGCAAGGAGGAGGCCCCAGUCUUAGAACAGAAAGAGACAGCGACUGAAGCCAAAGUUAAGGAAGAAGUAAAGGAAGUUAAGGAAGAGGUUAAGGAGACCAACAAAGAGGUUGAGGAAGAACCCAAGGAUGUAUCCAACACAGUUGCCGCUGAAUCUUCCGACACGGAAACUGACGCUUCUGUCCCUGAAAGCACUCUCAUCAAACCAACUUAUGAGGUCAAGGUCAAACUUGCUGAUCUCCAAGCGGAUCCAAACUCUCCUCUCUACUCCGUCAAGUCCUUCGAAGAGCUCGGUCUCUCAGCAGAGCUCCUCAAGGGUCUCUAUGCGAUGAAGUUUGAAAAGCCAUCCAAGAUCCAGGAACGUGCUUUGCCGCUCCUCAUCCAUGAGCCAGCCCAGAACAUGAUCGGCCAGUCGCAGUCCGGUACCGGUAAAACCGCUGCUUUCUCUCUCAACAUGCUCACACGUGUCAACGAGGCCGACCCGUCAACCCAGGCAAUCUGCCUCUCCCCAGCGCGUGAGCUUGCGCGCCAGACCCUUGAUGUCAUACAGGUCAUGAGCAAGUUCACCAAGAUCACGACCCAGCUCAUUGUACCGGAAUCUGUGCCGCGUGGCGCACAUGUAAAUGCGCAGAUUCUCGUGGGUACCCCGGGGAGUACUCUCGACAUGAUUCGCCGCAAGCAGAUUGAUGUCUCGAAGUUGCGCGUGUUUGUGCUCGACGAGGCUGACAGCAUGUUAGACCAGCAAGGGCUCGCGGACCAGUGUGUGAGGGUCAAGCGUCUCCUUCCGAAGCAGACCCAGUUGGUGUUGUUCUCUGCCACUUUCCCUGUCAAGGUGAGAGAGUAUGCGGAGAAGUUUGUGCCGAAUGCGAACAGCAUGGAGUUGAGACCGGAGGAGCUCAACGUUGAUAGUAUUAAACAGUUGUACAUGGACUGCAACUCUGAAGCCCACAAGUUUGAGGUCUUGAAGGAGUUGUACGGGUUGAUGACCAUCGGCUCCUCCAUCAUCUUUGUGCAAAAGAAGGACACUGCCAACAUUUUGUACGCCAAGUUGAAGCAGGAGGGCCACGCGUGCUCGAUUCUUCACGGUGACUUGACCACCACCGACCGUGACCGUCUUAUCGACGACUUCCGUGAGGGCCGCUCCAAGGUGCUCAUCACUACUAACGUGUUGGCGCGUGGUAUUGAUAUUCCGUCGGUGUCCAUGGUGGUUAACUACGAUUUGCCAGUGGACAAGAACGGCAAGCCAGAUCCAAGCACCUAUUUGCACCGUAUCGGUAGAACCGGGCGUUUUGGCCGUGUUGGUGUGUCUGUCUCGUUGGUACACGAUGCUGCCAGUUUCAAGGUCUUGCAGGCCAUCAAAGAUUACUUUGGCAAGUGCGAGAUGACCCGCGUGCCCACCGAUGACUGGGACGAGGUCGAGGAGAUUGUUAAGAGGGUGAUCAAGAGCUAA